AUGUACAAAUCUUCGACCAUGACUCGACCAUCAUAUAAGCAAAAGACGAGCCUAGCAAAGAGGCUUGGGCUGAGGCCUCGGCAAGUGGAGGUUUGGUUCCAAAACCGGAGGGCUCGGACGAAGCUAAAGCAAACGGAGGUCGAUUGUGAGUACCUCAAGAGAUGCUUCGAAACAUUGACUGACGAAAACCGGAGGCUCGAGAAGGAGGUCCAACAGUUGAGGGCCUUAAAGUUUUCUCCACAAAUGUAUAUGCAGUUCCCCCACCCCACCACACUUACCGUGUGCCCCUCGUGCAAUCGGACCGUGGGCCAACCACGGACAAUUUUACCCUUCGGUGCUCGUCCGUGGGGCCCGACUCACGUCCCGCGCGCUGGAUCUUGA